AGGUAGUAACCCUGAUCAGUAUAUAAUCCCGCUUAUAUUCUUGUUUAUUAUAUUAGCCUUCAUAGUGAUAUUAAUUAUAUGGUAUAUAUAUGGACGAACUUUUUGUCCAACCAAAAAGAAAGAAACUUUUUAUCCAAUCUAUAGAAAUCAUAGUUAUGGAUUCCCAAUCCAAUACACAGAAGAACCAAAAAACAGGACUACCCCUAUGAAACUUUACCUUAUGGAUAUAGAUGAGGCCAUAAAGUACGAAUCAUCCCGAAUUCAGUCGCAUCCUGCAAGUCCAUUAUGAACUUUUCGUAUGCUAGUCACUGGGAUAAGUGGAUCAGGAUAACGGGUAAUCCGAGUAAUCAUCCUAGGAUAAUUCAAAUUAUCCUAGGAUAUAAUUGGAACAUUGUCAGAAGCCUUCAAACUGGAAAUGUGUCACUCACGUUAGCAGACGAAAUCAAAAAAUAUAAAACAGAUGCUCUUAUCGAAUUUUUACAGAGAGAAGAGGACUUGGAGCUUGAUGACUUGAAAGUUAUUCGCGAAGAAAAAGUUAAUGGGCGUGACUUUCUCAAGUUAACCGAAGAAAAACUUGAGCGACAUAAAAUGAAACUGGGACCUGCAUCGAGGCUUGCAGACUUCAUUAAGGAGUGUAAGGAAAAAGAAGCGCUCAUUUUCCUCGUAUAA